AUGUCGUCGGAAACAUUGACUCAUCCUACUCUGUCGAACAACCUCGCCAGUAAUGUCGGAGGGAUUGUUUCGUCGCUCCAAGACGAUAAUGAGGAUGUCAUAACGCCAUCACAAGACUUCCAGUCUCGCAUAACGUCCCCCAAGCCCUCGAUAGGUUCACGGAACCACCAGCAACCGCGAAGACUGACGAGAGAUGUCAACGAGGACCCGAUCCUAGGCGUGGAACUGGGCCGCAUCAGGAGCAGACAGGCUGACGCCGUCACACUUCAACCAGAUCUUCCUCAAGCACAAAGCAGUCAGACAAACUUGAUAUCCCAAAGCGUUCCGCCUGAGUUGCCCAAUCUCCUAGCAGAGGUCAUCUUUGUUCUCGUCUGCACAGCGGGCCAGGUCAUUUUCGCGCUAACAUUGGGCCAUAUCGUUGUCAAUCAGUUUGCCUUUCGCGAUGCUCUGGAUAUAGUUUCAGCGCAGACACCAUGGCUGUUGGGGUCCUCGGCGCUCGCAAGCGGUUUAUCCAUCAUCAUUUUUGGCCCUUUGGCCGAUCUCGCUCCUCCGAAGCCUCUCAUGGUAGGCGCUUUCCUGUGGGAGGCAGUCUGGAAUGCCGUAACGGCAGUGGCCAUUUCUCCACGGCUCAAGAUUCUCUUCUUUGUAGCUAGAGCUAUGCAAGGCCUUGCCGUUGGCGUGCUCGUGUCGACUUCGAUGAGCAUUCUGGGCAGAGUGUACAAUCCGGGCAUCCGCAAAACUCGUGUGUUUUCCAUGAUGGCAGCAGGUGCACCGUUUGGAUACUGGAUUGGCUGUAUUCAAGGCGGUCUUCUUACUGCCCAUCUUCCGUGGAUAUUUGGUAGUACAUCCAUUUUUCUCGGACUAUGUGCGCUUGCUGCUCAGCUUACCAUCCCGAAGCUGCGACCGGCGAAUGACAGUACGAAUGCUGCUACGAAUGCGCCUUCAAUAAGGCAGUUCGAUUAUAUUGGUGCUCUGCUCGCAUCCUUGGGGUGCGGUUUGGUUCUUUUUGGGCUCACGCAGGGCUCGGCGGUAGACUGGAAUCCAUACACGUAUUCCAUGAUUAUCGUUGGUUUCUUGUCGAUUGUUGGGUUUUACUUUGUGGAGCGCCGGGUUGCUCGCCCUCUUAUACCAAAUGCACUUUGGAGAACUCCUGGUUUCGCCGCCUUACUUCUUUCGUAUACCUUUGGUUUCGGUGCUUACGGCGGAGCGUGGCAAUUCUACGCCAUUCAGUUCUGGCAACGAUAUCAAGGCGCGUCCCCUCUGACCGCGGCGCUGUACCUGCUUCCAAACGCCAUUGUCGGAGUGCUAGCAGCGUGGAUCGUCUCCAAGACGCUUCAUGUAGUGCCGGGUCAUUGGAUUUUCGCGACGAGUAUGAUCUGCUUUGGCCUGGGACCAGUCUUCUUCCUUCCUCAAAACCCCAACUCCUCGUACUGGGCUCUCUCAUUCCCAGGAGUGGUCUUGGCAACUUUUGGGCCGGACUUGAGUUUUGCAGCAGCAACCAUCUUCAUUACCUCCAGUGUGCCCAGGUCAUAUCAAGGAUCCGCAGGUGCUCUGUUGCUCACGGUCCAGAAUUUGACUCUGGCAAUUGUCACGUCGGUGGCCGACUCCAUCGGCCUCAAGGUCGACCAGCUUCCGUCAGGGGAGAUGGGACUCGAAGGUAUGCGUGCCGUCUGGUGGUUUGGUCUUGCUGCUGCUCUCGUCGGAGCAUUGAUAACUAUUACUAUGGAACGUACUGUAAUACUUGUUGAGAAAUGCAUCGCCUCUCAUCCUAGGAUUAGCCAAAGGUCAACCAGGAACGCAUGGUCAGGCAGUGGUGAGGAGCCGAAAUUGGUCUGCAUUCUCAACAACAAUCCAUCAGCCGGUUUGUCGACUAUCCGGUUCAUCGAGCGCGUCAUGACUGGUGUCAAUUCGCCUCGCAGCCAGCCUGCUCAAAGCAAUGGCGCUGACGAUGAGACGCUUGCAGAGCUUAAACGACCAACACGCCAGCCAUCCAAAUGGAAACUGCCUGGAUGGCUGAACCACUUUAACGCCAAUGACCUCAAAGUCGCUUUUCGUUGUUGGGUUGCAGUAUGGGUCGCGACAAUCCUCAUGCUCAUCAACCCGGCGCUGAAGAAUAUUGGCAUUGCCACCUUUUUCAGCGCCAUUGUCCUCUACAUUGUUCCGCCAGCCGGCAUAUUGAUGGUGUAUUUACUGGCCUCGUUAUCGUUACUUUUGGGCAUGUGCCUGGCUUGGGCUUGGGGUCUUUUGUCCAUGAAGGCCGCCUUGGCUGUGCGCCCUGACGAUGAAACCCAAGCGCUGCUCCAAUCCCUCCGACAGCAGGCGGCUACCAUUGGUAAUCAAACCGGACAGUCGCCGGCGGCUAUUGCCCAAGAGCUCAUCUACAAUGGCUUCAUGCUUGACGCGCGGGUUAUUGCCAUCUAUUUUGUCAUGUGCUGCGUCUUUAUAUAUGUGCUUGCUCGGCUGCGGUACGCCAAUGGCAAGCUAGUUUUGUUGCAACUCUUUGGCACUAUUGUCAUCGACGUGUUUUUGUUAACCGGGCCCAUCCUGACAAAAUUCAAUGCCAAGCUCGCGCAGGUGCUGGUGAAGCCAGGCGCAAUCGGAAUAGGCUUGGGGGCAGCCUGUUGCCUUCUCGUCUUCCCGCAAUCGACGUCGUAUGUUGUUUUGGGACAGAUGGAGCAACUCAUUCGCAUGGUGGAGGCACCUCUAGACUCGACACGACGGUACUUUGCUGGAGACGAGACGUUGGGUGAUGCGGAAUUACGAGCGUCGAAAGGCGCUAUUAUCGGCUUGUUCAAGAGCAUGGAGCCUGCUCUUGCAUUCCUUCCGCUUGAUCUUUCACGAGGCAGAUGGAACACUGAUGAUGUCAAGAGUCUUCAAGGGCGUGUGAGAGAUGCUAUUGCGGCCGGCCUAUUCCUUCUAGAUUUCCAUAUCGCUCGAGUUUCAGCGGCUGCCAGGGCCCAGAAACUUACAACAGCCCAGCCAACCCCUGAAGUGAUUUCCCCUGGAGACAUCAGCGACGAGAAGGAAAAGGAAGGGGGCAACAUGACCUUCUAUACUGGCCUGGUUGACGCUUUGAAGAGUCCGGAACAGAGCUCUAUCCGACAAGGCUUGUUGGAGACCCUCAAAGGCACAACCGCCGAAGUUCUUGAAGUGAACUCUCGAGCAAUUAAAGUUGCAGCCGAGACCGUUCACACCAUCAACACGGGACGAUGGUAUUUUUCCUCAAGCCGUACCAAGCGCCUCAAUCUACUCAAGGAAGAGUUGGCGGAUCUCCGUUCUAAAUUACAAUGCGCCCGGGAAUCAUGCGUUGUCAGCACCAAUGACGCCGUCCUUGGCGCCCACGCCGAUUUAUUUGAUGAGCACGGCCAGCUCAAAAACCGUAAAGACACAAACCCGCUGUCUUUUAAUGGAAUCAUCCUCUCAAUGGUCCUGGAAGAGCGCAUCGUAGGUACGGCAGCGGCUACGGAAGGCAUAUUAGAUCAAAUCCUAGAACUCUUGGAAUUGCGAACUAAGACGCGUAUUUGGAUUCCAUCACGACUUCGCUACGCAGUAUCUUGGCUGUUUAGCGGCCAUAUCGCAGCACCAGUUGCCGGCGCUUCGACGACACCUGCUGAGGACCCUGACGAUAUACUGGAACAAACUGAGGAGACUCACAGGCGGCUGCGUCUUGUCAGCAAGGGCACUGCUGCGCCCAAGAAGCGAAGAGGGUUCCUUACUCGAGGGAUUAUCGGCUUUUAUAAAUGGUUUACGAAUCCGGGAGGGAUGUAUGCUUUGCGAAUGGUCGUGGUCACCAUUGCCACCUCCAUUCCUGCCGUCCUCCCGAACACGGCAGGCUUCUUCUACCGCGAGAAGGGCAUUUGGGCGGUUAUUAUGGCACAAACAUGCUUGCUGAUGUAUAUGGCGGAUUUCACAUUCUCCCUGGUAUCCCGGGGCCUAGGCACGGUUCUUGGUGGCGCUCUUGCCCUGGUUGCUUGGUACGCGGGUUCAGGCAACGGCAUCAGCAACCCAUACGGACUUGGGGCUACCACGGCGGUUAUCUCAUUCAUACUCAUGUGGUGGCGCAUCUACUUACCCCCAGCAUUUGCGCAAGCAAGCAUCAUGACGGCAGCCACAUUUGUGUUGAUUCUCGGAUUCAGCUGGGACCAACAUCAUAUCGUGCAGUACGGCUUGCCUGGCGUCGGCUAUGUAGCCUUUUGGAAACGUCUUGUUACCGUUCUCGUUGGCUUUGCCGCGGCCCUCAUUGUUCAAAUUUUCCCCAGACCUCCGUCCGCCACUCGUUACGUUUGCAAAACACUGGCAAAUACGGUUCGAUCGCUGAACGACCACUACGCUCUUCUUGUAUCCCAGUGGGCUCAUUCGGAUCGUGAUGGUCAGAACCUUGGCGCCGCAGCAGCAGCGGAGAAAAUUACGUUCAAGGUUGCGGAAACCCUGAUGGAUCUGACGGGGGCUAUUAGUUUACUGAAAGUGGAAAUCAGCACGACUCAUUUCGACCAGAAGAUUUUGUUCACGACCAGGGAGCACUGCAACAGAAUGAACCAGUGCCUAGGCAAGCUGCUGGUUCUAUCGUCUACGCUGCCAAAACAUCUCCAGAACCGCCUUACUAAAACAGUGGGCAUUAUUGACGACAACGUCGUGGGCAACAUCAUGGCCGUUUUGACCAUUAUUGAAUCCUCGCUGCGAACCGGUGCGCCACUCCCGCAGAGGCUGCCGGCGCCACUGGUACAAAGCUGCUUUGUGGCGUGGUAUGCGCAGCAUGAACGUGCCGAGCUGAAUACAGAUCUCAUCAAGAGCGAGGACUACCGAAAAUAUUGUGUUGCGGUGUCGGCCUAUAUGACGUUUUUGUCGACAGUGGAUGACUUGGUAGAGGCUCUGAAGGAGGCGUUGGGAGAAGCUCACGUCGUACAUCACUGGGAGGAGGCAGUGUAG